CAGAGCUUCUGUGAGUGUGUAGAGGGUGAGUGUGUGGUCAAACAAUCCUGAAUCGCGCAGUGUGUUUGCACAAGUUUCAGAAACUGUUAGAUUCACUCAAGAAGUAAGCAUAUGAAAGUAGUCAGCAUAAGGAUUCUCUCUCUUUUCCUUGGCUGUGGAUUACAGUAGUUAAGGACCUUUGAACAGAAUCUUACCAGUGGAUGAGGCCUCACCUGGAUUUGAGUUGGAUGACUACAGUGGAUAAUAGAAGUGGACUGUGAGGAGUGGAAGAGAUCAUGAUCACUCGGCUGUGAGAGACAGGUACAGUGAGGACAGGUCGGGCUAUUAGUUAUCAUGUCCAUCCAGGAGUGCCCAGAGAGUCCAGUGCUUGAGGAUGAGGAGGGUGAGGAAAGCAGAGGGGUGGAGAGAGAGUCGGACAGAGACAGUGCAGUAGACAGCACUCUGUCGUCAGAUAUAUCGGAUGGAGGGAGAACUGGAGAAAAAGAGGAAGGGAUUGGGCUUUGCCUCCCAGGAGAAAAGUGUGGUCAGAUGUAUAAUCGCUCUGAGACUUCUAAUCAUUCUACACGUUCAUCUGCCUCAUUAAAUGAGGAGCAGUUUGAGGACUAUGGAGAAGGAGAGGAUGGAGACUACAAUCCUAGCAGCCCCUGUCCAGAUGAUGAGAUCCGCAUUAAUGGAUGUUCAGAUCUGGGAUCUUCUGUUUCCUCUAGUGCUGGUCAGACUCCUCGGAAGAUGCGCCUUGCUGGUGACCGGAUGGAUGUGUUUUGCUCUCAGUGUUGUAAGAGGGUCAGUCUGCUCAAUGACCUGGAGAACAGGCUGAAAAACCUCAAAACCAACAGCCCAAACAGAAAAAUCUCCAGCACUGCAUUUGGAAGGCAGCUGCUCCACAACAGUAACCUCAGCAGUAGUAACGGCAGCACAGAGGAUUUGUUCCAUGACAGCAUUGACUCCUGUGAAAUAGACAUUACUGAGAAGGUGAGGUACUUGGACAAAAAAGUGACAGAGCUGGAAAAUGAGAUUCUGAUGAACGGGGAUGUGAAGUCGAAGCUGAAACAGGAAAACAUACAGUUGGUUCACAGGAUUCACGAAUUGGAGGAGCAGCUAAAAGACCAGGAGACCAGAGCGGAGAGCAUGAUGGAAGAGGAGCUCAGGAGACACAGAGAGGCCUACAGCCGACUGGAGAAAGACAAAAACACACAGAUAGAGCUGCUCACAAAUAGAGUACACCAGCUAGAGGAGGAAAAUGGAGAGAUGGCAAUAAGCAUGAACAGACUGAAAUCCCAGACAGAGAAACUGGAUGAGGAGAGACAGCGGAUGACGGAUAAGCUGGAGGAUACAAGCUUGCGGUUGAAGGAUGAGAUGGAUCUGUACAAGAAGAUGAUGGACAAGCUACGGCAGAACAGAAAUGAGUUUCAGAGGGAAAGGGAUACCAUGCAGGAGCUAAUUGAGGACCUUCGGCGAGAACUGGAGCACCUCCAAAUAUACAAGCUGGAGGCAGAAAGAAUGGGGCGUGGCCGCAGAUCUUCCAUUAGCCUAUCAGAAUACAGCACUCGAACACGUGAGAGUGAGUUGGAACAGGAGGUCAAGAGACUAAAACAGGAGAACCAGAAACUGAGGGAACAGAAUGAAGAUCUAAAUGGUCAGCUUCUCAGUCUGAGCCUCCAUGAGGCCAAAAACCUGUUUGCCACACAGACAAAAGCGCAGUCUCUGGCCAUGGAGAUUGAUCAUGCCUCCCGCGAUCAGUUGAUGGAAGCCCUCAAGGAGCAAGAGGAGAUAAACUUCCGACUCAGGCAAUACAUGGACAAGAUAAUUUUAUCUAUUCUGGACCACAACCCGUCUAUUCUGGAAAUCAAAAACUAAAAGCCUGUCAUAAGCUGUUUAGAAUCUUAAGAGUGGAUCUAGAGCUCCCCCUGAGGUAGCACUGAACCUCAAAUGACAUGUGCCUCUGAAUGCACAAUAACUACAGUGUGCUGGUGUUUUGUGCACCUUUCUCAUGCUACAAAAAUCUAAAAUAUACUAGUGAAAUUUUUCAUGCACUUUUAUAGGGCAUUUUUGCUGCUCUGUACAACACAAGGGAGUUUUUCACUGGAAUGUCAUUAUGGUUACUGAAUUGCACCAACUAAUAUGUGAAUAUAUGACACUGGAUGUUCACAGAGUGUAUUUGCGUUAUAUGGAUGGUGUAUGUUUGCUGAGUUUGCACUGGGGAUGUGAUGAGAGAGGCUGAUUGAUUAAAAACAAAAACAAAAAAAAGGAAUAUUUACCUAUUUGAUGGCCAUCAAAGCCUGUCCCAUUCAAAGCUGCGGAGUAUGAUCAGAGGAAAGAGACUUUUGUGGGUAUACUUGUAAUGAUUUUGGUGAGCGAGUUUUUGACUGUCUUCCUAUUAUAAAUGGCAAGUGAGGGAACAAUGUAAGGAGAGACAAAUUAGAAGAAUAGGGGAGAGGUAAUUGAAACUCGAACUGGAACUUGAUAACACUGCCUGUUGUAAAAGAAAUCCAUUUUAGAGCAGGGCAAUGCUCUAGUCUGUGUUUGCAAUGUAACGGUGAGAUGUUUAUUCUGACAUUACAUGCAGUAUGUGUGCUUAAAAAGGAAGUGAAAAUUCAAGAGGCUGAAUGUAAAAUGUCAUUGUGAAUGUACCAAACAAGUAGUAUUUCAGGUUAUUUAUAGGCUUUAGCAUAAUAGUUUAAGACCUGUCUGUUCAUCAGCUGAAUUAUGUUCUUAAUAGCCUUAAAGGGACUUGCACUUGUUCUUCCGAACAAAAAUAAUGUUAUUAAUUUCAAAUGCACGAUUCUCACAAUUUUCUAUAAUGUGAUUUAAAUACAAAUAAAUGUACAUCAGAUAAUACAGGUCUAAAACACAAAAAACUGACAUUUGUGUUCCUAUCGCAGGAAGGUUUCAUAUUUUGAAUGUCAGACAUUUUUAAAAUGGUAAUUUUUUUUAAAGAGUAUCCUAAAAGUGUCCCUCACAGUUACACAUUUCUCUUAUUCAGUCAAUAGAUUGUAUGUGAUGACAAUAUAAACCAUCUGAUUUAUUCUGUGCUGAUAUAGGCCUACAUUCAGUAUAUGUGAUUCUGUAAAUGUAAUAUUUUCUCACAUAAAUGCCUCCUAUUUCCUUGUGCUUUUCACUUAUUAGUUAAAACCUCUAGUAAACCCUUUUUUCAGUCACAAAUUAAAUAAUUGCUGAGCUAUAUUACACUUUAUACGUGUGUGGGAUUUUUAAAAACAUGUAAAUUAAUUACCUUUUUACUUGCACCACUCUGCUUUUUCAUUGUUCCUCAAUUUAUUUUAUGAAUACUUUUAUCUGAUUAUAUAAUACUGAUUAAUUCUUAUUCUAUAUUAAUGAAGGAGGCGCUGGAGAAGGUGGCAGUAUUAGUUUUGCUUGUUUAUGAGAGAUCAAAUUAACUCAGUGGCUCAUGUCGUCACAACAUGCUGAAUGGUGACACUUUAAUCCAAAAAAAGGUAUCUGUAGACUUGCACAAAAUGUAUACCAAUUGCAUUUCAUUUUCUGCAUAAGAUUAAUCUGAAAUGCCUUAGCAAUACUUAUGACUGUGGGCUUAUUUCUGUUUCAGAUCUAAAUUAGAUCAAGAUGUGCAUAUAGGCAUUUACUUCUGCAUGUCAGGUGUUACUGAAUUUACUGAACUUGAACAUGAGAAAUUAACAAACUGAUCUUUUAAAAUAAAACAAUACAAAAUUCCA